AGGCCUGGUUGCCCGAAUGAAACAACAUCACGAGGAGUGUUUAUUCUCGGGAGGAAGCUGCGUUGAAGAUGCUGAAAGGAACAUCUCUGAACAUGUAGGAUCUUCAGGAGCUGGGCUGCCAGAUCCUCUCCCUUCCAGAACACACAGACGCUCUGUUGUUGAGUAUCUCAUGAGGGUCCUUCUUCAACAGCAGGUUUUGAAUAGUGGACAGUAAAUAAGGCGCUGGGCCACACCUUAAAUGAUGAAGAUCAAUUUUGAAGCACUUUGAGGAGAGGAAAGUGAUCAGGAACCAUCAACAUGGAUUCACCCAGGGUGAGAGCCUGACUUGCCCGUAAGCCAUGACGGUGAUGGCUGUGCAGAUGGGGGGCCUGGCCCUGUCGGUGCUGGGCUGGCUGGGCACCAUCCUGACUUGUGCGCUGCCCAUGUGGAAGGUGACGGCCUUCAUUGGCUCCAACAUCAUCGUGGCCCAGGUGUUCUGGGAGGGGCUGUGGAUGAACUGUGUGUACGAGAGCACAGGCCAAAUGCAGUGCAAGGUCUACGACUCGCUGCUGGACCUCUCCUCGGACCUCCAGGCAGCCCGAGCCCUAGUUGUGGUCUCCAUUGUGGUGUCCUUCCUUGCCCUCCUUAUUGCCAUCUUUGGGGCCGAGUGCACCAGGUGCGUCGAUGACAAGGGGGCCAAGGCCAAGAUCUCCAUCACCGCCGGGGCUGUCUUCAUUCUAGCUGGGAUUGGUCUGCUCAUCCCUGUGUCCUGGUCGGCCAACACCAUCAUCAGCAACUUCUACAACCCCAUGGUGCCAGAGGCUUUAAAGAGGGAGCUGGGGGCUUCCCUCUAUGUGGGCUGGGCCGCAAGUGCCCUCUUGGUGUUUGGGGGGGCCAUAUUGUGCUGCUCCUGCCCCCCCAGCCAAGAUGCGCCAUACCCCAUGAAGUAUAAAGUGGUGAAGCACUCCAGCCUGGGGAGCUAUGCCCUUAAGAACUAUGUGUGAGGAGCCCUGCCUUGCCCUCCCUGGAGACCCCCGUCUCGCCCCAUCCCAUCCCACGUGUUCGCAGGGGCCCCUUUACAGCCAUCCAAACAGAUGUUGGCUUCAAGCCGAAGUGUGUGAAAUUUGUAGGGGUUCCUCUCCCAGUCC